UAAACCACCCCAUGGCAUGCAGGGCGUGAAGCAUUUGGCGCUGGCGCUGCACUUCAGCCAGACGCAGUAACCCACGUUACGUUAGUUCCCCCUUUACCCAGUCUCUGUUCCCGAAAGCGCCUCUUUGUCUUCCAACUAUUCUCAAUUUCUUCCCAUUGGUUAAUCCGAAUCGCAAACCUCACACACUCUCAGUAUAUAUUUUUAUAUAACCGUCUUCACUUGGAUGUCGGCACCGCAGAGAUUUCUCUGCACUCUCUCCCACGCCUUUCCUCGCUCUUCUUCUCUCUGCACCUUCAAAUCUAGAACCUUCCUUUUCCUUCCAUUCAUUCGCUCUUACCUCACCCUAACUCCCUUGCUCUCUCCAAUGCCUCGCAAUCAGCGAAGUGCCGCGUACAUGGAGCGGCGAUGGAAAGAGAAAGCCAAAACUGAGGCGAAGUUGCCGGCUACGGGAGACGUAGCUGCCGUAACUGCUGCGGAAACUGUUACUAAUAAGAUUGCUGGAUUGAGUAUUGGUGAUAACGGUGGGAAAACCGGUGCGCAUGGUUCGAUUUGGAAACCUAAAUCUUACGGAACUGCGAGUGGAGGCGCUGUUACUGAAGUGGAAAAUGGAGCUGGAGUUGAGGCAAGUGUGGCUUCGACGCAAAAGGAUAGUGGAAGUAGUUUGAGUAAGAUAUUUCGAGGUAAUCUGUUAGAGAAAUUCACUGUGAACAACUCCACGUACACACGUGCACAAAUCAGAGCGACUUUCUAUCCCAAAUUUGAAAAUGAAAAGUCGGAUCAAGAGGUCCGGACCAGGAUGAUUGAGUUGGUAGCAAAAGGGUUGGCUACCUUAGAGGUUUCACUUAAACAUUCUGGCUCUCUUUUUAUGUAUGCGGGUCAUGAGGGUGGAGCUUAUGCAAAAAACAGUUUUGGAAAUAUAUAUACUGCUGUUGGUGUAUUUGUUCUUGGACGGAUGUUUCGUGAGGCAUGGGGAACUGAAGAUUCAAAAAAGCAGGCUGAAUUUAAUAAUUUUCUUGAGAGAAACCACAUGAGCAUAUCAAUGGAACUAGUAACCGCUGUUCUUGGAGACCAUGGACAGCGUCCCCAAGAAGAUUAUGCGGUAGUUACGGCAGUUACUGAAUUGGGCAAUGGAAAGCCAAAGUUCUAUUCAACUCCUGAGAUAAUAGCUUUCUGUCGAAAAUGGCGCCUUCCAACAAAUCAUGUGUGGCUGUUUUCAACAAGAAAAUCAGCCACUUCUUUCUUUGCUGCGUAUGAUGCAUUAUGUGAGGAGGGUACUGCAACGUCUGUUUGCAAGGCUCUUGACGAAAUUGCUGACAUCUCAGUACCAGGUUCAAAAGACCAUGUUAAGGCCCAAGGUGAAAUUUUAGAAGGUCUUGUGGCUCGUCUUGUAAGUCAUGAUAGUUCAAACCAGAUAGAGAAAACUUUGAAAGAAUUUCCACCUCCACCUGCUGAUGGAGUGGCCCUUGAUUUUGGACCAAGUCUAAGGGAAAUAUGUGCAGAAAAUAGAGAUAAUGAAAAACAGCAAAUAAAAGCACUUCUCGAGAGUGUUGGUAGUUCUUUUUGUCCUAGCAAGUUGGAUUGGUUUGGGACUCAUGGUGCCGAUCAUCAUUCAAGAAACGUGGACAGAUCUGUUCUUUCAAAAUUUUUACAAGCCCAUCCUGCAGACUAUUCAACUAAAAAAUUGCAGGAAGUUGUUCGGUUAAUGAGGGAGAAACGCUACCCUGCUGCCUUCAAAUGUUAUCAUAACUUCCACAAGGUUGAUGGCAUGUCAAGUGACAAUGUUUUCUAUAAAAUGGUCAUUCAUGUACACAGUGAUUCUGGUUUUCGACGAUACCAGAAAGAUAUGAGGCUUAAGCCAGGAUUAUGGCCAUUAUAUCGAGGUUUUUUUGUUGAUGUAAAUUUAUUUAACGCAAACAAGGAGACAGCUGCUGAAAUUUCUAGUAACAGUGUAAAGGAAACUGGUAGCAACAAUGCUGGGGAAGAUGACUUUGCGGACGAAGAUGCAAAUUUAAUGGUCAAAUUGAAAUUUCUUACAUAUAAGCUGCGAACUUUUCUUAUUCGAAAUGGCCUGUCAAUUCUGUUCAAAGAAGGUCCAGCUGCUUACAAGUCUUAUUACCUCAGACAAAUGAAAAUUUGGGGAACGUCUCCAGCAAAGCAGAGAGAACUUAGCAAGAUGCUUGAUGAAUGGGCUGUAUAUAUACGAAGGAAGUGUGGAAAUAAGCAACUGUCAUCAUCAACAUAUCUGAGUGAAGCGGAACCAUUUCUUGAACAGUUUGCAAAACGUAGUCCACAGAACCAAGUUCUGAUAGGUUCUGCGGGUAAUUUAGUUAGAACUGAAGAUUUCUUGGCUAUUGUUGAGGGAGGCCUGGAUGAAGAAGGUGAUCUUCUGGCAGAGCGUGAGAUAGCACUUCCAGGGCCUAAUAUCUCAGUCAAAGAUACAGUUCCAAAAUAUGAAGGGUUGAUUGUAUUCUUUCCUGGAAUACCUGGUUGUGCCAAGUCCUCCCUUUGCAAAGAAUUGCUAAAUGCCGAAGGAGGGCUAGAAGAUGCUCGACCACUUCAUAGUCUCAUGGGUGACCUGAUUAAAGGAAAAUAUUGGCAGAAAGUGGCUGAAGAGCGCAGAAAGAAACCAAAUUCGAUAAUGCUUGCUGACAAGAAUGCCCCAAAUGAAGAAGUCUGGAAACUGAUAGAAGACAUGUGUCACAAAACCAGGGCAUCUGCUGUACCUGUUGUAGCUGAAUCUGAAGGAACCGAUUCAAAUCCUUUUUCUCUUGAUGCAUUAGCUAUUUUCAUUUUUCGCGUGCUUCAACGAGUCAAUCAUCCGGGAAAUCUUGACAAAGCAUCUCCAAAUGCUGGCUAUGUGCUGCUAAUGUUUUAUCAUCUCUAUGAGGGCAGGAGCCGUAAAGAGUUUGAGGGUGAAUUAAUUGAGCGUUUCGGGUCACUUGUCAAGAUGCCACUACUGAAAUCUGAUAGGGAUCCCCUUCCUAACCCAGUGCAGUCCAUUUUGGAGGAAGGAAUUGAUUUAUAUAAACUUCACACUAAGAGACAUGGAAGAUUAGAGUCUACCAAAGGAUCCUACGCAAAAGAAUGGUUAAAAUGGGAGAAACAGUUACGGGAUAUACUUUGUGGAAAUGCCGAGUAUUUUAAUUCUAUUCAGGUCCCAUUUGAAUUUACUGUCAAGCAAGUGUUGGAACAGUUGAGAAGCAUUGCGAAGGGAGAUUACACACCACCGGAUACUGAAAUAAGGAAAUUUGGUACCAUUGUUUUUGCUGCUCUCACCACGCCAGUUACUGAAAUUAAAGGCGCCCUCAAUAAAUUGGCCGAGAGUAAUCCCAAGAUUGACGCAUUCCUUAAAGACAAACAUCUCGAGAACCUUAAUCGAGCUCAUGUGACUCUUGCCCACAAGAGAAGCCACGGCAUCAAAGCUGUAGCUGAUUAUGGUAUCUAUCUUAAUAAAAAGGUUCCGGUGGAGUUAGCAGCACUACUCUUCUCAGAUAAAAUGGCUGCGUUGGAAGCUUGUCCCGGCUCAGUGGAAGGUGAGAAGAUAGUCUCAAAAAAUCCGUGGCCUCAUAUAACCUUAUGGACUGCUCAAGGUGUUGCACCCAAGGAGGCCAACAUGUUACCGCAGUUGUUUGCCGCGGGGAAAGCAUCCCGAAUUGACUUCAAUCCUCCCAUCAUUUUAUCUGGCACAAUUGACUUUUAUUGAGUUCGUACUACUCAUCUUUUCUAAAAUAAAACCAACUGAAAUGAAGAAGCUUGCAUGAGCUUUUUCGUUUGCCUAUUUAUUUAUUUCUUUAACAAUAUCAUACACUUUGCUCAAGGCAUACAAGUUAGAUCCAAUGUUCAGUGAAGAUGAUGGAGAAAUUUUUGUAGGAGUUAGCAUUUUCUCCUGAGAAAUCGUGUAUAUAUAUAGGCUGUUUAGAAAGCCGAGUAUGGUUUCUGGAGUUUUCUGGCCGAACUUUCACCAUAUCGGGUGUGAUAGUUUUCUCUUCCUUGUUUACUUGCUUAAAUUUUACGCUCU